GUUGAAGCAAAGAGUUAUUGAACGAACAAAAUGGCUGAAAAGCUGAGUGACAGUGUUAUACGUAAAGCACAAGUUAUAAUUAUAGAUUGUCAGCUGUGCCAGAAAACUCCGUCGUUGAAAUGGAAAUGCACUAAUUGUGAAAUUUUUAUGUGCAACAACUGCAAAGUUAACGUUCAUGCAAAAUUUAAAUCAGACAAAAUUCACAAUGUUAUAGAUAUUAAAGAUCCUAAGUUUUUAGGUUUAUCAAUUCAGCCUACCGUUGAUUUAGGACACAUACCAUGCAAGGAACACGAAAAGCAGUUCUGCUGUGUCCAUUGUGUGACGUGCGAGAAACUUAUUUGUCCCAAAUGUCUGACAAGCUCGCACAAGGGACAUGAUGUAGCGGACAUAGAAACUACUUACGAUGAACGUCUUGAAUACUUGCGCAACCAUGGCACAACAAACUUUAACCCGAGAGCUAUGACAUUUUUAUUUGGAUCUCUAGAAGAAUUAAAGCUUUCUUGUCAGUCAAAGGAUAUAACAAUAAAAAUCGUACAGAAAUACGACACGGCCGUUCCUUCCUUCAACAGACAUGUUUCACAGGGAACAGAUUCCAUAUGGAUAAGCAGUUUAAGGAAGAAUCUUCGUUUGUAUGAAUUUGAAACAGGGUCAACGCUGUCAUUUAAAAACGAAUAUACAGAUGUAGUAGUAUAUGACUUUGCAAUCUCAUCAAAAGGAACCUUGCUAUUUACAAAAUAUAAUGAUACGCGUCUUUUUAAUUUCCUGGACGAAAAGAAUGGUAAAAUGAAAGUUGUUUGCGAUUUCCAUCCCUUCCUACCGCGCGCUGUACUCGCCAAAAAUGACACUAUAAUCGUCAGUACGAAAGAUCAAGGUAUCGCUUUUCCGCUCAACAGAGAGAGUAGACGUCAACUCGUUAUUCUUGAUGAAUGUGGAAGUGAAAGACAAAUAAUAGAAACAGACAUUCAAAAUGAACGGAUGUUUUCGCUUGUUUAUAGAAUUGCAGUCAAUAUAGAAAACGAUAUAGUAGUUGUCGAUGGAAUUUCUGGGUCGACAGGAAGGAUUGUAUGUUUACGCAAUAACACUAUCAAAUGGACAUAUGAAGGAAAUCCAGACAUAAAUAAUGAACAAAAUUUAUUUAAUCCAUUGGACAUAGUUACAACAUCAACAGGGAACAUCAUAGUGGCAGAUGAAAAGAAUAAUGCUUUGCAUGUUCUGUCAAACGCAGGCGCAGUUCUCAAAUGUUGGAGGACAACCGAUGUUAACAUUGUCUUUCCUAUUAGCUUAGAUAUUGAUUCAAACGGUAGAUUGUUGGUUGGAUGUAGAAGAGAUUCAAAAAUCUAUGUUUUAGAAAUGACAGGGUGUUAAAGAGUACAAGUA